GAUUAAAGGCGUGUGCUGCCACUACCCUGCCUGAUUUUUUAUUUUUAUUUCAUGCGAAUUGUAAAGCACUGACAGUUUUAUUUCAGACUUUAUACCAGUUCUCAUGGUUGAGAUGAUAGAGUUCCUGGCUGGUAACCUUGUUAACUCAGGGCUCUUGCGUUUGUACACAAUAUUGGUUUAUCUUUUUCUUACAGGAUCCUGUACAAUGCUCAUAGCAUGACUUCCCUUGACUCUGCUCCAUAUAAAUGACUGAUGAAAGUACAGCUUCCCUUUUUUUUUGUUUGUUUCUUUUGUUUUUUUUUUGUUUUGUUUUUUUUUUUCUUAAAAUAUGUUAAAGAAAAUCUGGUUUUACUGACAUAUUCCCAGUAACACUCUAAGGCAAGUCAGUGGCUGUGGAUGGGGAUCCUGCAGGUUCAUUUUCCUGCCAUUUACUAAAGACACUUGAUUUCUUGACCUGUGUUUUUCCUACAGCUGUACGGCCACACUCUGCACCAGAGUACAAGGAUGAGACCAUGACUGUUCACCAGGUUCCUAUCCACAGUGAACAGAGGUAUGACAGGCAACAGCCACCGCAGAGCCCCAAAAGGUCUCCCAACAGGCUCAGUCCAAAACAGUCAUCUUCAGACUCUGCAUCAACUGAUGUGUCAGCUGAAAAUGGGGAGCGCAGUCCAGAUGGCAGCAGUACAGGUGCUGACAGGACAGCAAGUGGCAGGGACCCUUCCUUAGUGGUGGCUUUUAUAUGCAAGCUUCACUUGAAGAGAGGAACCUUCUUGGUGCUUAAAGCAAAGGAGCUGGGCCUUCCUGUUGGGACUGCCGCCAUUGGACCCAUCAUUGCUGCUGUCAAGAACGGGCAGAGUAUCACUCACGAAGGAAGGGAGAUCACCCCUGAUGAGCUUUGCACGCCCCCAGAUCCUGGUCCUGCAUUUAUCGUGGUAGAAUGCCCUGAUGAAGGAUUCAUUCAGCCCAUCUGUGAUAAUGACACCUUUAAAAGGUACCAGGGAGAGGCUGAUGCCCCCGUGGCCCUGGUGGUCCAUAUUGCCCCAGAUUCUGUACUUACUGACAGCAGGUACCAGCAGUGGAUGGAGAGGUUUGGAUCUGACACCCAGCAUCUGAUUCUGAAUGAAACCUGUUCAUCGGUUCACAACCUUCGAAGCCACAAGAUCCAAACUCAACUCAACCUCAUCCACCCUGACAUCUUUCCCCGCCUCACCAGCUUCUACAGUAAGGAGGAAGGCUCUGCCCUCAGCACUCCCAUAGUUCGAGGUGAAUGCCUCCUCAAGUAUCAGCUCCGCCCCAAGAGAGAGUGGCAAAGGGAUACCACACUCACCUGCAAUACUGAUGAAUUCAUAGCUGAGGCCUUGGAGCUUCCCAAUUUCCAGGAGAGAGUGCAGGAGUAUAAGAAGAGCGUGCAGGAAAGCCCAGCCCCAGAAGAGAAAAGAAGCCAGUAUCCUGAAAUUGUCUUCCUUGGUACGGGGUCUGCCAUCCCAAUGAAGAUCCGAAAUGUCAGUUCCACGUUAAUCAACAUAAGCCCUGAAAAGUCUGUGUUGCUGGACUGUGGAGAGGGCACUUUUGGGCAGCUGUGCCGCCAUUAUGGACAGCAAAUAGACAGAGUCCUGUGCAACCUCACUGCUGUGUUUGUGUCCCACCUUCACGCAGACCACCACACGGGCUUGCUGAAUAUCUUGCUGCAGAGAGAGCAUGCGCUGGAGUCUCUGGGAAAACCCUUCCAGCCUUUGCUGGUGGUGGCCCCUACCCAGCUCAGGCCCUGGCUGCAGCAAUAUCACAACCAGUGCCAGGAGAUUCUGCACCACAUCAGGUCUUCAGUCCCCCAAUUGAAAGACUAAUCAGUUUGCUGUUGGAAACAUGUGACUUAGAAGAAUUUCAGACCUGCCUGGUACGGCACUGCAAACAUGCUUUCGGCUGUGCACUAGUCCACUCCUCUGGCUGGAAAGUGGUCUACUCGGGGGAUACCAUGCCCUGUGAGGCUCUAGUCCAGAUGGGCAAAGAUGCCAACCUCCUGAUACACGAAGCCACUCUGGAGGAUGGCUUGGAAGAGGAAGCGGUGGAAAAGACACACAGCACCACCUCCCAGGCUAUUAAUGUGGGGAUGCGGAUGAAUGCCAAGUUCAUCAUGCUGAACCACUUCAGUCAGCGGUACGCCAAGAUUCCCCUCUUCAGCCCUGACUUUAAUGAGAAAGUUGGCAUCGCCUUUGACCACAUGAAGGUCUGCUUUGAAGACUUCCCAACAGUGCCCAAGCUGAUUCCCUCACUGAAGGCCCUGUUCGCAGAUGACAUUGAAGAGAUGGUAGAGCGCAAGGAGAGGCGGGGGCUGUGGCUGGUGUGAGCAGCCCUCCUGGCCCAGCAGCGAGACAGCCCGGAGGACACCGAACCCCAGCAGAAGCGGGCCCUCACGGAGGAGCCGCACAGCCCACAGAGUAAGAAGGUCAGAACCCAGUGAAGGUCUAAGCCAUCCUGGACUAAAGGCUGUGGACUUCUGCCCUGUGUGGAAGUCACAUCUUCUGUCAUCCUGGUGGGAGUCAGCGCAGACAAUCUAGCUGGGAGUCAGCCUGCAAUCAGAGUAUGCAGUCCUCCAUGGCCAUGGCUGGGGGAGCACCCAUCUGUCAGUUGCCUCCCAUGCCUGGAGAACACAGUGGCAGGACAGGAGUCCACAGAGGGGAAGACAGCAAGCCAGUCUUGAAAGAAGUCAUGGAAAUUGAAGUGUUUGCCCUCACCUACUAGCACAGUGGCUCCCUCUGCAUGCUAGAGUCAAGCCAUGAUACAGGUGAAAUCAGGUGUAUGUGUCCCAGGCUCCAAGACUAGUAUUUCCAAGGACUCAGACUCAAUAAAGCUCAAGUUUGGAAUCCUGA